UUGGUUCUUGAUGCAAUCGUCACGUAUAGCGUGGGCCGCGAACACAUGCGUCUGGGUGGCAGGAUAAGUAAUAGGUACCUUAAAAUCGAGAGUGGGCGUUGACAUCAAGUAUAGUUUUUUGCCAACGGAAGGCAAUAACGAUAUUCAAAUUUGUUUUGUGGCCUAAAAGACAAGUGGGUGGGGUGAGUUGCGCUCGCGCAUUAGUAAGCUUCGAGCCGGCACACUGUAUUGACGUGACCGCGCGCGACGGCGACCGAACACCGGCGAACCCGAGUGUAGCUGCAGCGAUCGCACGACCGACACCACUCACUGAAAUGGAAGUAGCAGGUCAAUGGCGGCGGGAGUGGGCUGGAACUGCCGAAUAUGGAAAGGUGACAGAAGGUGGCGUGACACGUAGAGUAGCUCGUGCAAUGGAGGUUCUCCAGGCGAACGGACCCGGUUCUCACGUCCGGGUUAUGCGCGCCGCCUACCACUCCUCCGCCGGGCCGGGCAUACCAGCCUCCUCUUACAUGCUUCACUCCUCUCGGAGGGUACUUUCUUCCGGGUUCAAUUUCUUAGAUUCACAAUCAUUUCCCACAAUUACCAAACCUUUAGAAUUAUCAUCAACUCCACUAGAAUUAGCGGCUGAUUCAAAUUUAGAAACUACAAAUUAUAAAGUCACAGAGCCAGAUGAUUCAGAAAUAUCUGAACCGUCUAAGUGGAAAGGAGCAGCUAGUGGCAGCUCAAUACGGUUACCAAGUGAAGAAUCCUCAUCUACAGACAAUGCCAGUAUAAUAGAUCUUGAUGUUCAAUCACCGCAUAAGAAUAUUAAUAGAAAAUAUUCUUACGAUUCAGAAAGCAGUGAUAUUCAAUAUCACAAGACUAAUAAGUCCAGAGCAUCACCGCUAUUAGAUCCCCCGGUAACAUUAAGUACUCUCAAAUACAAAUCUCUUUUGAAUGGAAGUAAUGAUUGGAAUAAUAGAAGAAAGAGUUACAGUUUUGAAGACACAUGUCCAUUAAAUGAAACCAUUUUGCAUGAAAACGAUACGUUAGCUAUGGAAUCUUCUACAGAUAGCGGUAUUUGUAAAUCAUCAGAAAGAGUUAACGACCACGCAGAUGAAAUCAAUACAUAUUCGGCAUUUAUGGAAAGAAAAGAUAAAAAACAAAAUAAUCAAGAUGAAACAUUUAAAGACUGGCUCUCUAAAAAUAGACCUAGCAUGUUGUAUAAAGGUACACAGUUAAAGCCAUGCAAAGAAUAUGACACAGUGAUGGAUGAAAACAUGGGAAAUAAUAUUACAUUACAAUCAUCAGGAAAGGUAUCAAUAACAGUACCUAUAACUAUUGAAAAAGAAGACAAUGUAAGCAGUAACGACGACGGUGAAAGAAAAGUAAAAAGGGUUGAGUUUUGUAAGACCGAAUUACAUUUUGCUGCUGAAUCAGGAAAAGUAAAUAUAAUAGCGACAGAUGAAAAACCUCCGCCUUCAAAUGAUUUUCGGAAAAGAAGGAGCGCUUUUGUGCCCAUAAAAAGUACAUUUGAAAAGCCAAUUACACUUUUUGGCGAAAAGCCUGAUGUUUCUGCGACAAUAAAUCCAGAUUUUUUGAUAUGUAAUAAUAGUGAGAUCGGUGAAUUUGAAGAACUUGAGAAUACAGCAGCUACAAAAAGUAUUCUCAAAAACAAAAUUCCCAAACCCAAACCAUAUCUUUUAGGAGAGAAUAUGCCAUUUGGGAUCACGGAUAAUCUUUCAAAUAAGGAUAGAUUAAGUAGUAAUGUAAGUGUUCCCACGGGUGUUUCAUUGAUAAAUAGGCAAUUGCAAUCAGAAAAAAUAUAUAACAACCAAACAAACGUAGAUUUUUCUCGAGAAGUUAAUACGAGCUAUACAAGCAAUUCAUUUAGAGCUAUCAAUAAAGGUUCAUCGAGAUACAAUAGCUCGACUAUAUCAAAAAAUACUUCAGAGUACGAGACGAGUGAGCCUGUACUUAAAAGAGAACCACCUAUUAGCAGCCCAGGUAGUUCUAUGAACAACAAAUUGCAUAUAUUGCAAAUGUCACCGAUUCCAAAACCUAAGACAAGACAACUUCGAGACAGUGACCUGACAUACUUUGGAAUUGAUGAUAAGACUAGAAAUAAAAGUAGACCGAAGUUUACAGAAAAUUCAUUGACUACACAAAUUGAUGAAAUUAAUAAUAUAUUCAAAUCUGUUAAGUUAAUAAAACAAAUAUCGAGUAGUGCUUGUAACAGCGAAGCAGAGUCUGAUGAUAUGGCUGAAUACCAAAACAUUCCCUUCAAAACAAACUUGGCUCCUGUUCCCACCCCAAGACCAAGAUCAAAAUACGACAAAUCUAAAGAAACCGAAUCCAUAACGGUACUACAGCCCAUAAUAGAAAAAUCUGAUCCUCCAUUAAAUGUUCAUCAUGAAUCACGGCGUUCAAAGAUCAGAAAACAGGUAGAUUUAAACUCCGAUAAAAAUCGAAGUCGCUCGGAACCAGCAAAGAGUCAUAGACAUGAACCUUUAGCACGAAAUAAGCAAGAAUAUUACUCGCACAGUACAAGAAAAAAUUCUCCUCCACCAAGGUUGAAACAAAAUCGAGAAAUUGGGCGAAAACGAAACGAAUCACCAGGGAAUAAACCUACGCCUAAAACCAGCACGUCAGAAGAUGAGAUACCACAUUAUGUUAAUAUAAAAAUUAAAGCUGAAACAAACAAUUGCACUCAAGAUUCAGAACGACAGGUACAGUUAGAACAACGACGAAAUACAUCUAAAAUAAAUGUUACUACACAUAGGAAACAACAUAAAUUAGAUGAAACAAAUUUGCAAUGCGCUCAGAAAUCCAAUGAAAAAUAUAUUGCAAAAAUACCGAAAUCUGUAACAGAAAAUCAAACUCACAGUCUGCAAAAAAAACAAGAAGAAUCUUCAAUUAAGAAACAUCAACCACGCCGAACAAAAAAACUUGUCACGCCAGAGCAUUCACUUAAUUAUCAAACUGACAAUCAAAAUGGAAACAACCACGACUCUAAUAAAAUUCUAACAGAAACCGAAUGCAAAAGUGACUCUGUAAGUUCAACGAAAAUGAGACAACAAAAUCGAAGCCGGCCUUCUCAUGAUCAACCAUCUAAGCCUGAAAAAACACAUGCAGAAAUAAAAAAUGAUAUUACAAAUAACAUUAACACAAAUAAUGAAACAAAGAAAGAUACCUCCAAAUAUCGUACAAGACAAUCAUCACAAGAUAAAGUCAAUAAAGAAUCGUCUAGAGCUAAUCAUAAAUCUGAUGUAAAAUCAUCCAACGUGUAUAAUACGAAACUAAUUAAUAACACAGAAGGAAAUAGCCCAGACAAAAAUCUUAGUCCAAAAAAAGGCAGCCAUAAAACGCCCAAACGCAGCGAAUACGUAAUUAAUUACGAUGAUAAAAAAGGAACUGUAUCUUCCAUAUGUAAAAUCAAAUCUGGACAUAACUCAUCAAAAAGAAAGAUAGUUUCAAGUGAAAAUAAUAAAGAAACUCCGAAAGAAUAUAAAACAAUAAAUAAACAUUUAGAUAAAACUCCACUGCGUAAUGCAGCUUCCAGAUCGACAAUGGAACCGAAAUGGACUGAAUUACGAAAAUAAGAAAUGGAAGAAAAAAAUACAUAUACAAAGAUCUUGCCAACUAUUGUAACGUAAUAAGGUUACUAGUCUUAGCAAAUUAUGAAUCUUUGUAUUCAUCGGAAUCCUGUAUACUGUGUAGAACGCAUUGUAUUAUGUUUAGUGUGGUUAGUUAACAAUGAUCUCACAUUGAGUUAGUUUCUAAAAGUCAAAUAAUCUUAACCAAUUUUAACAAUAUAACAUUCCGUAUAUUUAUAAAUAUGUAAUAGAAAUAAUAA